AUGUUCAGCUACGCCAGCGCCGAGCUGGAAUUCUGCCAGCGCCUGCCCAAAGUGGAGCUCCACGCCCAUCUGAAUGGCUGCGUGCGCGAUGGGACGCUCAAGGAGCUAGCAGGCCAGACGUUGCUGGGGGGGCAGCCCAUGUGCCUGGACCAGCUGGUGACGCUGACAGAGCUGAGUAAGUCCAGCCCCACGCUGGGCGAGUGCUUUGCGCUGUUCGAGGUGCUGCACCAGGUUACCACCACCCACGCCGCCAUCCGGCGCAUCGCUCGGGAGGCGCUCGAGGACUUUGCCGCCGACAACGUGUUGUACGCCGAGAUCCGCACCACUCCCAAGGUGCGGCCGGAGGCGGGGGUCGCCCCCGAGUCCUAUAUGGAUAGUGUGUUCCAGGGCAUCGAGGACUACUAUCUGGCCAGCAGGAAGCCGCGGGGCAAGGACAUCCACGUCCGCCUGCUGCUGUCCAUCAACCGGCAGCGGGGCGUGGGCGAGGCGAUGGAGACUGUGCGCCUGGCGGCGGCGCUGCGGGAGCGGGGCGUGGUGGGGGUGGACCUCACGGGCAACCCCACGCAGGGCGAGUGGCUGGAGCUGCGGCCGGCGCUGGACCUGGCGCGCAAGGAGGGGCUGAAGGUGUCGCUGGAGGCGGGAGAGGGCUACAACCCCAGCGAGACGCAGGCCAUGCUGGAGUGGCGCCCCGACCGCCUGGGCCACUGCUGCUGCCUGAACCCGGCCCUGGAGCAGGCACUCGUGCGCUCCGGCAUCCCGCUUGAGGUCUGCCUGACCAGCAACCUGCUGACUCGCGCGGUGAAGAGCUACGGCGAGCACCGCUUCCCUCUCUACUACCAGAGCGGCCACCCGCUGGCGCUGUGCACCGACGACCCCGGCAUCCUCAACACCACCCUGAGCCGGGAGUAUGCCAUUGCCAGCCACGCCUUUAAGCUCACGCAGCGGCAGCUAGUGGCGCUGGCGCUGGGGGCCGCCAGCCACACCUUUCUGGAGGAGGAAGAGGCCGAGGAGCUGCGGGAGCGCAUGAAGGCGGCUCUGCCUCGAGACAUCCGCUUCAGGCUGGAGCGGGAGAGCGCGGCUGCGGCCUCGGCGGCCUCCACCGCCACCACCGCCUCGCUGGCAGAGGGGUCUGCCAUGUCGGAGGAUGGCGUGCGCCCGGUGCGGGGCCAAGCAGCAGGAGGAGGGGGAGGAGGAGGAGGAGGAGGCAAGCUGCCGCCCGCCUGGCGGCGGAUGUGGGCGCAGGCAUAG